CGAACUUCGCUAAGACAGGGAAACCGACACCUGACGACUCCUUGGGCUUCGAAUGGGAUCCGGUGACCGACGCCUCCUUGGUUCACCUGUCUUUGUCGCCUUCACCUGAAAUGCGCAAGGACAACCGCACGCAGUUGCGGAGUUUCUGGCAGUCCCUUCCAACACGUCAGAACCAGAUCCUGUUCCCCGAGGAGGUGGGCUUCUUCGUGAAGGAAGCUGCGGAGGACGACGCCCAAGACGCCCUUCCAAGCACAGAAACGGAGGACACAGAGUCGGGCCCAGAUGUAGAGGAUCAGAAGGAUGACGAUUUAACGGAGGAGUUGGUCAACAAGAUCCUGAGUGAAUCUCUGGGGGCCGAAAUGACAAGGGGAGCCGACGCCAAGACGGAAAUCGGUGAAGGUUCAGCUGCCAAAAUUGUUGUGGACGUUGGGCAAGCUGAAAAGGAUAAUGGCAUGAAGAACAUUGGCAAUAAAGAUAAAAUCAGCGACCCUCGGGUUAAGGGUAGCAUUGAAGAAGAGCUGUACAAAGGUAACAACAAGGAAUCUAAUACAGACGAUACCAAACACUCACUCAACAAGGACAUUACUAGCCCUUCAGAUAACGUGAAAGACUUAGACGAAGAGGAAGAUUAUUCCAAGGACCUUUACAAGAAAGACGACAUCAAGGCCGCCUUGAGGAAGAAGUAUUACCACAGCAUUUUAAAGAACUCGGCGCUGAGAACAGUUACCGAUACCCAGACGGAACACACCGGACUUGAUGCCCAGACAGACCAGACAGAUCACAAAGACACCAACAUCCCAGGAGAUAACAAAAGUACCAACACCCAAACAGGUCACGUUGGCACUUCCAUGGAGGACGGCAGCACCCAGGAGAGGGCACCAGACAGCGACUUCUUCAUCGUAAAGAAAAUGAUAGACUAUGGCGACAUGUACCAAAUACUGAAGGAUAACGAGGAAGCCAUCAGACAGUACAAUGCCGCCGUCAGACUCACUCCCUCCAUGUGUACUUUUGGUGAGGAUUGCUAA